UAUUAGUAUAUUAAUAUUUGAAUGGUCCUUGAGUCAAUUCUUGUUACAAACAUUUCAAAGUAGAUAACCAAUCUUUCAAAAAAUAAAAUUCUGAAGAAUGAAACUCUUCAAACACCGCCACAUUAUUCCGCGUGCGAAUUCUUGAGGAUCUUUCGUCGUCGAAGCAGGCAUAAUUCGUCCUACGCAAAGUUAUAGGAAAGUGCGUUGGAGCGAAAGGAAUAAGAUCACUCAGAAGACAGAAUGCUAAUAUUUUGCGAGAAUAAAAAAAAUUAAUUUUCCUCAGAUGAUACGUAAUAUCAUGAUCUCGUGAAUGACUGAGCAAAUUCUCUCAAAUUCGUGAGAAGCGUAACGCGCUUAAAUUAAAAAAACUUAAAUUACUUGUAGUCAUUACAAGUAUCCCUUCGAAAUCUUUGAAGUGUUCGGAAACUCUCGAGAAUUGUACCGUCAUGUGUCGCAAAAGUAUGGUGUGAUCCUUAUGAAAAAACACACAUGAACUGUAAAACCACGUUCGCAAUAAUAGUAAAGUCGUGUUCCACUUCCUUACGUGACCAGACGAGGUAUGCUUUCAAAAACGAUUACGCGAAGUGCCGGCGGAAAGUACUAGUACGGAUAAAGCUCCGACUAACCAUUUGAUCGGCCUUCCCCCUGUGCACAACCGCAAUUUUCGAGUGGUUAAAGUGUUGUGUGAAACGCGAAAAUAUAUUAACAGUAAUAGUGUUGAUGCUAUUAUCUUGCUAGGGAAUGCUGUUCAGAGACAUGAAAUUUCCUCAUAAAGUGUACUCGUGAUUACCCGUUGUUCGAAAUAUUCCAUCGAAUUCCUUUUAUCGCGCGUUUUAUCAACGUAAUUAUCCACUUCUUGAGAUCGGAAUAUAUAUCGAGAUAAAAUUACGGUGCGUGCUCUACCUGAAUCAUUAUACGUGCGAAACUAAAUCAUUAUUAUAUAAGGAACGUCACAGAGAUAGCAAUUAGGCGAAAAAUAUCGCGAAUUUAGCAAAAUUGGGACAGAGAUUGCAUCGUCCUUAUGUAAUUAGUAUUAAAAUACGAGAUAAAAAGAUAUUAAAAAAUCCUAACGAAACGCUGAAAAGGCCGAAUUGCGCGCUACGCAUCUUGAAAUAAAAUUGUGCACGUAAUUAAUGAAAAGAUAUGAUUGAUAAUAAAUAAAUUCAUCUUCUUUCGCAAUCGACAGUCAUCGAGAUAAAAUCAUAAUAUACGAUAUCCGCGAUUAAGACUAUAAUAAUAUUGAUAUUACAAACAAAAACUCUUUCUGUCAUCGCAGAUUACGCCUUUUGGCGUUCGCAAAAAGAAAAAGUGUUGACGGUGCGUUCUAUUAAUUUUCCAUCGGCACAAAGUUCUCCGCGAGAGAUUGAGAUCGAAAUUGGAUGAACGCGACAGAUGUGCGUUAUAAUAGAAAGAUCCUCGCGGAGGAAAAUAAAAUAUGAGAACAAAAGUGCCAACUCGCUCGAAGAAAACUAAAUUCCUUUAAUAAAUCGCUAUCAUCGCUUCGCGAAACAUCGUAUCAUAUGUUCUCGCGCGAAAAACUGUUAAACAUUCUCGAGUGUUUCUCGAGGAUUGUUGCGAUUCGAGAUCGUAACUGCUGUCUCAAGGAUCGAUCGCUCUCGUGAGAUUUAAAAGUGUCGAGGAAAAGCUGUGCCGGAAGUGGUUGGAUAUUUCGUAGCAAGUGCUUCAAAAGGGUUUGUCUCUUUUUGGUUGCGUCCUCAUUCACCCAAUUCACUUGAUUUUGUGCCAUUGUCUUCCGAUCGUUCGUGUUCUACGUGAAAGGCGAUUUCUUCUUGUGUACCUCGGAAAGAAGAGGAGCUUGCUUGGACGAUUUUGAUGAAAUAACCACUCAUGAUGAUCAGCAUGAAGUUUUUUCGCGUCAUUUUGGCGCUCUUAGGGAGCACGCAUGUCCUGUGUGCACAACCGUCAGCAUCUCCAACUGUGAAAACUGGUGGUUCCAGUAUCGCCAGCGUGGUAGCAGGAAGCAAGCCGACGAGAUCUUGGGACAAACCUCAAUUCGACGAUAUUGCACCGCGAAAUGUCACUGCCAUUGUCGGUCAGACGGCGGAGCUGAAUUGUUAUGUCAAGCAUCCAGGCGACCGUGUGGUCUCCUGGAUACGUAAGAGGGAUUUACAUAUUCUGACGUCAUCGAUCCACGCUUACACAGGAGACGCAAGAUUUUCCGUUAAGCACCCCGAACCAUCCGACGAAUGGACGCUGAAGAUCAAUUAUGUCCAACCGCGAGACGCCGGGGUUUACGAAUGUCAGGUUAACACCGAGCCCAAAAUGAACUUAGCCUUCAUGUUAAAAGUGGAAGAAAGUGCCCCUGUCCCUGCCACCACCACACCGAACGCCAUUCACCGGACGUUCAACUCAGCUGCUCAGGCAACAAUCCUGGGACCGGAAGACGUCUACGUGAAGAAGGGUAGCACGAUAAGCCUCACGUGUGAAGUUAAUGUACGAAGUACGCCUCCCAGCAGCGUUUCGUGGCAUCACGGAGGUGCCGUGGUGGAUUUCGACAGUCCCAGUGUUCACCGCAGGGGCGGUGUUUCCCUGGAGACGGAGAAAACAGACACCGGUACGACGAGCAGACUACUGGUGACACAGGCCAGAUUGACCGACAGCGGAAAUUACACCUGCAUCCCUAGCAACGCGAACCCAGCGAGCAUAAUGGUCCACGUGCUGAAUGGUGAACAUCCAGCGGCGAUGCAACAUGGCGGUAGCUGCGGCGUGGCCCCGACUAUUUUGCUCGCUAGCAUCACUCUCAUAGUCGCGAAUCUGCUAAGGUGAGCAGUCGUGUCGUGAAUCGCGCAUCUUAAACGAGAGAGAAAAAGAAAAGAAGUGUCAAACGCGUCGAGACGGUCGCGACAAUAUCGAAAGUAAACGUGGCGGUCGUGAAAAAACGAAAGAAACGACGGUCGUGAAAUGGAAAAAUCGGAAAAAUAUAUCGUCGAUUGCGAUAAAUCGCUUUUAAUUCACUCGUCGCUAUUACGUGCUAUCCGUAUCCGAUUCGUCGAGUGCUCGAAAGUGACGAAUGAAAGAACAAUACGGACAAUGUGCAGCGGACCAGAGUUCUGUGUAAGGGGCGCAUUGGCGGACAAUCUACGUUUUUAACACGUACGUUUUUAAUACGAAAAUCUAUCUUAGACUGUCCCUUCUUUUGUAUGAAAUCGUCGUGUUAAAUGCGAAAAGUGCACAGAAGACCAUCCUCGAUUGCAUAUUAAUGGCGCCGCGAUUGAUCUUACGCCAGAAGAAGUCUCUCGCACUUGUGCUUUUUAUUAAAUCGACAUGUGGCUCAACGAAUAUGCGUGGAUUCCCUAUAGUGAUGAAAAAAACUACUCAUCUCGUACGAAAACAGUUAGAAUUUGUAUUUUAAUUAAUUUAAUAAGGGCCUCGUAGAGAAUAUUCCACAUCGAUUGAUAAAGUCGUAAUGUGCUCGAUACAGAAUAAGAUCUGUCGCGAUUUCCAAUGUUUUCAAAUCGAGUAUCGAUGGCUGGAUCCGUUCGAUGGCUAUGAGAUAAUUAUUACAUAAAUUAAAGUUUAUAAUCUAACGAUUGUCAACUACUUGCGUAAUGAUUAUCAGAUAGUUAAAGCUCUCUUGUACAUAAAACAAUUAAUGAACGUAUAGGAUUUACCGCGACCUUGUUGUAUAGUACAAUGCACGUGCGAGAGUCGUCACGUGACCAACCAUCAUUUUCCGUCGCGCGUUUGAUCUGGGCAUAUUGUAUAUAUAUUUUUUAUUAAUUCUAGUACAUAAUGUAAAAAUUUUUAAGGAACUUUUAACUUAUCUUCUAACUUAUCUUCUUAAGCACAAUUCAUUCCGAUUCAUGCUAGAAAUGGCUUUUUGAUUUAUACAUGCUUAUAUAU